AUGCUUCGUAAUUGUGUUGUCCACAGAUUAAAAGAAGCAGGACUACCUUUUCAUUUCCUACCGGAAGUAGUGCUUCCAGGUACCCUAGCCGGCAAUACCUGCAGUAACUGGUAUGGAAUUCCGCAGGGAACUCCAGUGUUUGCAGCCGUGGGAGACAUGCAGUGUUCUGUGGUGUCCACUAUGAUGGAAGAACAUGAUGCUGUUUUGAACAUUAGCACAUCAGCCCAGUUAUCUUUUAUUAUGCCGCAAGGUUUUACGCCAUCGAUCAACGAACCAAUGUCAUCUGUCGAAUAUUUUCCAUAUUUUAAUGGUCGUUACUUGGCUGUGGCAGCAUCAUUGAAUGGUGGAAACGUUUUUGCUGCUUUUGUCCGCAUGCUUCAACAAUGGACUCAUGAAUUAGGUCUGGGGGUGCCGGAGAAUAAAAUCUGGGAGAGAAUUCUAAUGACUGCUCAAGAAGAGGCCUCCGAAUCUAAUCUUACCAUUAUACCAACCAUCUACGGAGAGCGCCAUCUACCGGACCAACGGGCUUCUGUGAUCCAUAUUGAUCCCUUAUGUCUUACAAUAGGGAAGGUUUCUCGUGCUUUGUGCAAAGGACUUGUGGCCAAUAUCCAUUCUAUGAUGCCACCAGACAAGUUACACGAAGCGGGCAUUCAAAGGAUUGUGGGAAGUGGCACGGCUCUGACUAAGAACGUCGUUUUACAAAAAGAAGUAGAAAAACAGUUCGAUCUGCCUGUAGUCUAUGGUUCAGGAAAUGAUGCAGCUGCUGGUGCAGCACUGGCAGUACUUAGGUACUAUAAAAAUUAAAUUUAGCUUCUAGAAGUUCGUACACUAUCUGAUAAAUCUACCAUACAUGUUGUUCGUUAAAACAGGUUCACACUGCUGAUUCGUACAUGAUUCUUAUGAAGGUGUUUUAAUGACAUGGCUUUAGUCACUACAUCAAAACGUCUUCAAUCUCCCUAAUAUAUAUUAUCCAGUUGUCUCAUUCACGAUGUUCGGAAAACAAAUAAAUUUAAAAAAAUUAAAGACAAAAAAUAAGAAACCCUCUGACCAUAGCGCUUUUAAAAGGUGGAUCUUCAUCAGAGGUAAACAGCAGGGUCAAGGCUAAUAUGUCGGGAAAAACUUCAACUGACUAUAUAUGUGUUAAGUUUGUGUGAAAUUAUCAUGGCAUGUUUGAUAUGUAUAUUUAAAACCUGACUCUCUUAGUGUCAUUAAAUAGAUAAAUAAUUUGAGAAAUUCAAAAACAUAGAUUAUUUAUUUUUAGGGACCUGGUUUUCCUUAGCAGUUAGCAUGCUGGAUUAUGAAUCCAAGGAUCAAUGGUUUAAGUCCCGUUGCAAAAAAAAACGCCGCUCUCCACACUUUGGGGCCGUGAAUGCGUUACAAGCGUCAAUAUCAAAUUCCACUAUUCAAUUAUAGUAGCCCUAGUAUUGAUGGUUGGUGCUGACGACUAACUGAUUUCUCUCUAGUCUAUCAAUUCAAACUUAGGAAUGAGUAGCGCAGAUAGCCCUAGUAUAGCUUUUUGCGAAUAUCCGAAAGAAACUUAAACUAAAAUAAAUUUUUAGACACAUCAACUAAAAAGAAAAAUAUUUACAAUUUGGAUUACUUACGAAAAUUGCAACUAAAAUUUCGUUUCUUCAAUAGACUCACAGAACUACGCUUAAACUUUUAAAAGAGCAAUAGUUUGAGUUCUAGUAGCGGUAGAUAGUAAUAAGAAAGUCGUCUUGGACAAAAUGAAUUAUGCUGUACAAGUACUGUUCGCUAUCGAUAUUGAAACUAUUCGUAUUAGUUCUUUUUUAGUCUGCUUCGUACUUCAGAAAUUGCUGAGUAUCAUCUAAUCCAAACAUAUAUCUAAUUAAUGAUAUAUUGUUACGUGGUCCCUCUGUGGGUCAGCGGAAAGUUUAGCACCUACAGCGCCAAAAUCCAGGGUUCGAUUGUCCUCGUGGACAGAGUGCAGAAAGCCCAUUGUGUCGCUUUGCACUGAGAAAACACAACAACAGUUGAUUAGUGUUCAUAUGCCACAUAAUUGAUAAAGCAGCAAAUUUUAUAAACUUUUAAAAGGGAAAUGAAUUUAGAGAAAAGAUAUUUUGGAAUAACAGUUUGUUUGUGAGGCUUCACAUCGUGCAUCUGUUUUUUUGACAGUUAACGCCAGAUUAACUUUAUCGAAUUAUUUAAUAUAUUGUUUAAUUGUGAAUUUCUCUUCUCCUCAACAACGCCAGUAAAGGACAUUACAUACAAAGUAUGUGGUAAUGUUGUUUUCAAUAGGUGUAAUGUAGCUUUCUCUAGCUUUGUUAAACACUUACAGACGUUAAGAUAAUGUGUUAAUUUAUUUAAUUAACUCAUUAACUCCUGAUAUUAAUACGAAGGGCAUAUCCCAACUUAACAAAAUCCCCGUUUUAAGUUCUCACCAAUGGAAGAAACAUUCUAUAUAAUACCUCUAUUUUAAGUUCAUUCAGCAGAAAUAAAAACUGGACAAAAUCUUGUUUCAAGUUGAUACAGCAGAAGUAAACAUUCUGAACGAAUUCCUUUUCUUGUUCAUACAGCAGAAGUGAAUAUUCUGAACAAAUCCUGUUUCAUGUUAACAGAAGAAAACAUUCUGAACAAAAUAAUUUUUCAAAUUAACUCAACAGAAAUAAACAUUCUGAACAAUAUCCUUUUUCAUAUUCAUGUAGCAGAAGUAAACAUUUCGAACAAAAGUCUGUUUUAAAUUAACACAAGAAAAUUGCCCUGUAGAAAAUAUUAUUUACGUUAAACUUUUAUGAAUUAGCUUUAGUGGCAAAAACUACUUUAAGUGCCUUGAAAACUACUUAUUUGCUUUGUUAACUACUAAAUUUAGUUCUACAGCGCUUUACAAGACAAGUGCCUAUUAACAUUCAGAUAUUUAUUUUCCCCAAAGUAAUUUUGGGGUUGGAAAAUUAUCAGUUUUAUUUAUUUUUUUGGUCUUGAAGUGAGUGUUCCUACUAUGAAAUUGAUAUUGUUAUGAAAUAGUGGAACUUCACGACGUCAAGUUUAUUGUUCUCAUCAUUGGGGGGAAGGCGGGGGAGUGUAUUACAGAAAAGAAAAGCGAGACACAACCUAAAAACUUUGAUAAACAUUGACUUGUACGUUAAAUGAAUGGGUCACAAGGUAGGAUCAGUUUGAAAAUGCAUAUUUUGAAGAGCUAAUUCUAAACUUAUCGUUAACAAACACAGCCUAUUGGUGUUCAUAGCUAAGAAAUAAGUUAAAGCAAUAUCAAAAAAUACAACUCGGUGUACCCUUUAAUAUUUGUUUGAUAUUGGGUUAUCUGUUCUGUGCCCACCGUGAAUACCAAAAUUCAAUUUUUUAACUUUUUAAGCCCUCGUGCUUACCGCUGAGUCACCGAGUGACGUGUCCUACAUUAAUUCAUGUUGUACUUUCUAAAUUUAUUGUUUGUCUGCGAACUCAUACGUUUUUGGAGCUAGCAGGGCGACCAGGACCAACCUUGGUUGGCGAACUCGGGGUGGCCCAUGGUUGUCCUGACCUUAUCUAUAUGGCGUAGUCUCCUUACCAAGGAAGGUUAGAAUGCGCCCAGAAUGUCACCCAGGUAUGACGGAGUCCAAGAGUUGUUUUUUUUUCCGAUGAAUACGAAUGUAGCGUCGAAUUUUGUGCUCCUUGUACCUCUGGCUCCAAGGAGCGACAUGUUUAAAACUUUGAUCAUACCGCUACUCAAAAGCUCAGGUACUACGAUUGGUGUCCAAAGGGGGUUUAUUUUCGGGUACAGACCUCCCAUCUUUUGGGUUUCUAUAUAAAAAACGUGGCUAAUGAAAAAGACUUAUCGGUAAAUUGAGGCCUCCGUAAAUCAUGAGGGGGUCCUUUGAACCCCGCAGUGGAGCAUGGGUAUUUUAUGCUAGUUGUUUCUAAUAUCUUAGAUUUUGUGAUAAAAGUCACGUAAAUUGCAGAUGUUUUUUUUUUCUACCUCUCUCUUAAUUUAUCCAAGCCGGUUUGAAAAUCGUGGGCUUGGAAAAAUAGUGUUUAAAAAACUUAAUUAAUAGGAACGUGAGAAAAAAAAACAUUUGUGGUUUACGUGCUUUUUUUAUCACAAAUUGUAGGCCUACUUGUUUCUAUUGCAUUAACUGCUUCCUGCGUUUAAACCAUUACUUUUAGUGUAUUGUUGUUUGAUACAAAAAAUUAGGUGUAAAAGUUGUGAUAAAAAUCCAGUUAACCGCAGAUGCUUUUUUUCCUCUACAUUCCUCUUAAUUUAUCCAUUUUCGACUUAAAAUCAAAGGCCUUUGAAAAUAGCAUUUCAUUUUUAUCUUCUGUCUCCAAUAUGUCGCUGCUGAAGAUGCCUUUCAUUCAAACUAACAAUAUAAGUUAUGUAAAAUAUAAACACUUUCUCUUGUUAAAAGCUAACAGUUAGUAAUUUUAUGAAGUAUAAUACAGUGUAUUGUAAUAUUGUUAAAAGUACUUCCAAGUUUAGUCCACGUAACAAUAAUGAAUUAACUAAUUUCUUCAUUAAACGUUUGCUACAAUUAUGUUCACUUGAAGGUCGAAUUUCUCAAAUAAACUUGGCAACAUAAACUCCAAAAUUAAUGUAGGCCUAACUUCAAAAACAACAUUUUAAUAGUAAUUCCAAAAUUAGUGGCAUGUGUGCCUAAGUUACUUAGCUUAGAUCAAUAAACACACUAACUCGCCAAGUAACUGAAUAGCGAAAUAGAGGCAAUAGCUCUCACUUUUAACACUGAAUAACUUUUCUGACACUGAGCUGACAAACUCAAUACUCGUUAACUAAGUGAUUAACUUACAAACUGAUUGACACUAAACUGACUUAAUCGUCACUGAUUACGUAUAUCUAUAUCGUUCUUUUGUUUCUACAUACUCCAAAAAAGCUUUUCGGUUCUUUAACUUCGUGAAUUAUCUCUAACUUAACCUCAUACACUCUCUGGUAAAUAUCUGAGUUGAUGCGGUGUACAAGUUUAAGCUCUGUUAGUCGGUAGUUUGUGUGAUAUUGCAUCACCAUACUAUUCAUAAUAAUAAUUUUAAUUCGACCUGAAGAGUUCUCAUAUUGAACAAAAAAGCCUCGUUGACAACACACAAAAUGUAUAGUUGAUAUCUGAUUAUACCUAUUAUCAAUUUUAUUGUUAUGUAAUAUCACACAGACUAUAGAUCAACAAUAUAUUGUUGUUGAAAGUUAACAACUGAACUAAUAUAACGUUGAAGACAAUCUACAGUUGUUUAAAGAACAUAAUUAAAUGAAAAACCAUAUAUUGUUCUUCAAGGUCGUAAACAAUAUUUUCAAUGCUAAUAUAUAUGUUCUUUGCUAGAGGAAGAUGUUAAUUAUGAUGAAGCAAUACCUAAAAUGCCGUGAAUGUUAAGGCCCGAGAGACGAGGGUAUAUUAUUUAUUAAUAAGACUAAUUAGUCUGUGCAGUUAUUGAGAAUUCGAUGAAGUAUUUAGUGAGUGAAUCAGUUCAGUGUCAUUAAAGUUAUUCAGUGAAAGUUAUCAUGUCUAUUCUGCUAUUCAUUUACUCGGUGAAUUUGUUUAUCGAUCGAUUAGCUCUGCAAAGAAAUUUUACAAGUUAGGCGUACGUCUCACAAUUCGUAUUGAAACAUUGUAUUUGAAGUUAGGCUUUCAUUAUUUAUGUUGAAAAGUGUUUAUGAGCUCAGGCCUACAAGGGAAUGUAACUGUAGUGAACGUUUAUUGAAGAAAUAAAUUAAUUUGUUGUUGUUGUUA